GUUUGGCCACUGGACGCACUUUUUUUCUGUCGACUGCCAGAUCCCCACUACUACUGUAGCCGCGGCUGUUCCCCGCCAUUCCGAGGCGUCACAAUGAGCUCUAACCAAGUCCACCACAACAGCUACCCACGCAUCGAGUUUACUCAAGACGUGUACGAGAAACACUUGGGCAACAUGGAGCGCAUUGCCACGCUAGCCCUCGCUGGCCGCAGCGGGUGGGACAAGGCCACCGCUACCCCCGCGCACGGUUGGUCCCGGUUGACCGACAACGCGGGGUGGCAAGUGCUGUCGCUUCAAGCGCCCUCCCCUGGUGUGCACGAGUACCUCUGCUUUGGCACGCUGCGGACGUCGUUGGUGGCACUGCAGCACGCCUUCUACGUUAAAAACACGUACGAGUUCAGGGCGUUGAGCGCCGUCAUGUACGAAGACACGAUCGCCGACGCCGCGCUACUGAACAUCACGCACCGUCAGACGGCGGCCGACGUGGGCCAGUUCUUUGGGGUGAAAUAUUUAAAGCUGCUCGUCCAAGUGCUGAACGAAGAGGACCAAGAGCAAGAGUAUGUCUACUUGGAGUUUUCAGGGACGCGAGUGGACGCCCUCGGUCGCCGGACGUGGUUUGUCGUGACAGAGCCCGUGGCCAUCAAAUCUGCAUCCGACUCCGAUCCAUCGUCCAGCAUCUCGUCCAGCGGGAAUAGCAGGGGGUCCCAUGCCUCGGAGCCAUUUCACAAGAGUAUUUCAUUUGGAGAACGCUGUUCGUGCGUGAAACUGUAUCGAGAAACGUAUGACGGGUGCGUGGAAGUGACAGUGCGCACCAAGUUGGAGGCAGGGGGAGGCAACCCCGAAGCCAGCGUCAAAUUGCACGGAUCGGCAGCAGCGUUGGCGAGGAAGGCAGGCCAGCUCGUGUUUUGGAAAAGCAUGGGCGUGUUCAUUCCCAGCGGACUUGCAAAGGACCUCCUCAGCUUGUGUCGUACCGGAUGCGUUCCUGAAUCGGUGCGGUUGACCACUGGAUCAUUUGCUCCAUCUUGGGAGCACGGCAACAAGUGCAAAGUGUGCUUCAAGUUUUUCAACCUGUUGCGUCGCAAGCACCACUGCCGUCGAUGUGGCUCGUCCAUGUGCAGCGCGUGCACAGUGGCGUUGCAUUGCGUGGACCGACCGACGAAAUCGCGCACCAGCGAGGCGGUGGCAGUCGAAAAGUUCUGCAAGUCGUGCUUGGUGCAGGCCAAGAUUGACACGAUGCGAGUGGACGGGGACGCAGGUCGAGGUGGGGGGCGGCGAAGGGGGGGGUCGGACGACGGGACGACCCACAGCGUCGUCAUGAGCGACUCCAACAAGCGCGUGGCCCAUCUGCAUUCCCCUACCCGAAACGCCAACGGGGACCGUACGUACUCGAGUACGACAUGAGCCACACAUGUCUAUAAACAUGGCGGUAGAUUUCUUCUUGAACGAGUUGCAAAGCGUCUACAGCUCCAGUGGUUUCGUCCCACCAGUGGACCAGGUGCCGCCGCCGCCAGCGAUGAUUCUGGGCGGGGCGUUGAAGCUGCACCGACAGACGAGUUCCACCAUCACAAUGUCGACGAGCAGCCGAUACACCCCCGCCAUCUCGACGAUGUCGACGGACUUUUCAGAAUUUGACUUGUCCGUCCAUCGGCAUGCACCUGAAAAAGCAGCCGCAGCGUCGACUAUCAUGCGUGGCUCCAACCAACAACGAACUGGCCAUGAAGCCAACCAACCGCGCCCCCCCUUCCCGAACCAAGCCGAUGCCACCUCGGGGUGGGACCUGCUCCGUUCCAAGUUUGAAAUGGUGAAAUUGGCCGACGAAGCCGAUCGUACAAGGAGUGGAAGUGACCACUUUCAACACCUAUUCCAACAGCCCACCACCGAGUCCACGUCAGAGCACCCGAAUCGGCGAUAUAGUAGCCGCGCCCCUCCGUCGAACCAGCAGCAACGAUAUUAACAAGUAUUAGCGAUCUCCGUCGUUUAAGCCUGUAGGGUCCUUGCUCAAGCGGAUAAGUGGGUUCAGGUGUGCAAUGUCGAGUGCAAUCCUGGCAAGCGAGCCCAUCAAUCCUGGGUGAAAUGAUGUUUGAACUAGGUGGGGCUACCUGCAGUCAGUAGUACUGUACAUACUCACGAAUACAUUGGUUGAAG